AUGGCUUGCAGCGCUAGAAACAUCAGCAGAGUUUACAAAGGAAUCUUCCAAACCCUGUUCAACAUUGGAACUUUAAGGCCAAGAUUCGUGCAUUCGUGUCCAACCUCGUUGAUCCAGAACCUUCUCAAGUUCCGAAGAGACAAGCCCACGGACCAAUUGCAUCGAGCCCUAGAUCAGUGCGGCGUCGACCUCAACCACCACCUCGUUCUCGACGUCCUGCGACGACAUCGUUCCGAUUGGCGACCCGCCCACUUGUUUUUCAACUGGUCCAAAACCGCCGGCUACGAACCCAGUUCCGAUGUCUGCAACGAGAUGAUCGAUAUUCUCGGCAAAAUGAAGCGCUUUCAGGAGUUGCACCAAUUGCUCGACGAAAUAUCAAAGAUAGAGGGACUUAUCGACGAAAAAAUGUUUGCCACCCUGCUUCGUAGGUUCGUGUGUUCUCAUAAAGUGGACGAUGCAGUUCAGUUAUUCCGCAGGAGGAAGGAGUUCGGAUUGGAUCUUGGUUCCGAGGCUUUUUGCACCCUCUUGAUGUGGCUGUGCAGGUACAAGCACGUGGAAGAGGCCGAAACGUUGUUCCAUAAUGUGAUGAAGAAGGAUUGGAGUGCCGAUAUAAAGACCUGGAACGUGAUCCUGAAUGGUUGGUGUGUUUUGGGGAACGUGCAUGAGGCAAAGAGGGUGUGGAGAGACAUAGUGGCUUCUCCAUGCAAGGCUGAUGUAUUCAGUUAUGCCAUCUUCAUCAAGGCAUUGACCAAGAAAGGAAAACUUGGGACGGCACUGAAGUUGUUCCGUGGCAUGUGGGACAAGGGUUGUAGGCCGGAUGUUGUGGUAUGCAACUGCAUCAUUGAUGCUCUCUGUUUCAAGAAGAGGAUUCCUGAGGCGUUGGAGAUUUUCCGUGACAUGAGUGAGCGAGGUUGA